AAACCAUAGAUGCUAGAUCUGGCUUCAAAUAUUGGUACAUCAUAAGGAUACUGCCUUAGUCACUUUGAAAGUAUCUUCAUCAGGACAAGGAACCAGAGUGUGGUUAAGAGAUUACAGAUUUGGCAAACCAAAACCAAAUGUAUUGAGGCAGGUGGAACACUUGAAAAGACUGAAGCAGAAGUAAUAUUCAGCAUAAAUGAGAUAGCUCUUCUCAGAUACAAAAAUCUUUUGCCAAGAUUUUGUUUGCGAAAGCUAUAGCAGGAUAAAUAAACAGUAUACUUAUCAAAACAGAGACCUGUAUUAUGUUCAUUCAAAUUAAUACAGUAUUGAGCUUAUAUCGAGGUUGUAUUAAAUCUAGAAAAGUUGCAUAUCUAGAAGAUUAUAAAAUAGUUGCAGCUUCUGAGUAGUCUACCAUUUACUUAUUUUCAUAGAUAACAAUAAUCCAUCCCAUAAGCUGUUUUCCAAAAAUUCAAACCCUUGAAACUUCCCAGGAUCCAACAUUUACCGGUAAAAAGUAUCUCCAAAGAGGAAAAAGAGACUUUGUGAAAUGUAUAAUCCAGCUGAAGCACAAAGCUGAAUCUCUCACUAUCAGAUCUGAGGACAAUAUUUGUUGACUAAACCGGUUGUUCCAUCUGUAGCCAGAAGCUGGUUCAACCUUAAAAGUGUUAAAAUCGCCUAGUUCACCAUCACUUUAGUCGAGUUACAGAGACUGCUGAAGUCUGCUCACCUAUUAAAAUCUGUAUGGUUUUAAUGACUGGAGAAUCCUAUUAGAUGAAUAAUCAAAAUGCUGAAUAUCCAGUCCUGGCAAGGAGGUAUUGAUAAAAAAUCUCGAUAUUCGAAUACAGUUUCCAAGUUACUGAAGGAUCCUUAUUAUCGACCUAGUAAGAGUGGUACCCAGGUAUUCCAAUCUUCCUAAAUAAUUUGAGACUUGAAUAAGUUUAAAGAAAACCUUCAGAGUCCUUCCUUAUCACAAUCAUAAAGAUAUUUUUACUAAGAUAAUUUUCAGAUGAAUCCUUUAUUUUAGCUCUAUAGUUUUAAUUCGAUAAAUUGGGGAUGCCUCAGGUGCAUUCCUAAAUGUCCUAAAGUAUCAAUAACUAUACAAAUACUUCAAAUUACUUCUACAAUGCACGCACGACUGAUAACCUUCCUUUGUGGAAUAUAGACCUGAU